AUGGCUUUGGGAAUAGCGACGAGUCCAGAUGCAGAAACAGCAACGGAGGCUGGCCUAAGCCCUAACGGAUUAGACGAAAAGAUACGGCAACUCUGUGGGCUGUUUGUUUUCAUCAAAGAAUCCAAAAUCUACCUCAUUCAUCAGACUGCAAGAGAAUCUUCCAGCACCCAUUGGCAGCGCAAAACAGAGAUACAAAUGACUAAAAUAUGUGUCAAAUACCUUCUUAUGAAUGAUGUGGUCAGUAAUGAGGGAGUGCUUAUACGGAGCUUACUAGAUUAUUCUGCCGAAAACUGGGCCAAUCAUUUUCGAGACGUACUAUCUCCAGAAGACGAGAUAGUGGACUGGGUCUGGAAGCUGUAUGAUGUUAGGACUGAGCGAUUUCACUUGUGGGUUCCUAAAUUUUGGGUUGCAGCAAUGCCGUAUCAUCGAGACCCCAAAAUGAAGGCACUGCAUUUAGCUGCAUUCAAUGGCCAUCCUAACAUACUGUGUCGGGUAGAUGUGAAUGAGACAGGUGCAAUUGAUUGGGUCGACGGGUUAGGAAUAACUUCAUUACAAUGGGCUUCUGAGCGGGGGCAUCCUGAAAUUGUUAAGCUACUACUCGAAAAGGGAGCGGAUUUCAAUGCUCAGGGUGGACAAUAUGGCAAUGCUCUUCAGGCUGCUGCUCAAGGAGGACAUCUUGAGAUUGUUCAACUACUACUCGAGAAAGGAGCAGAUGUCAAUGCACAGGGUGGAUACUACGGCAAUGCUCUCCAGGCUGCUGCUCAAAGAGGACAUUCUAAGAUUGUUCAGUUAUUAGUCGAGAAGGGAGCAGUUGUCAAUGCUCUGCAGGUUGUUACUCCAAAUAGAUCUCAGGAGACUGCGCAAGCGCAGGGGGGAAGGGUGUGAGGGAAUUUGAGUGAACGGAGGGGUUUGGAUUGACUAUUUUUGUGGGGUGGAGGAACGGAGUUGAGCAAUUG